AUGGACAUGGGCCUCCCAGGCUUUGGGUUGCCGCUCAACUAUCGCUUUUCCCGGCGUCAUUCACGCUACACACCCCAUAGGCUUCCACUCACCACCCUACGUGAAUUCACGAUGCUACAAAUCAUGAACGCUGUGACGGAUAAACCGGACUGGCACGUCAAGAUCCAAGACAAAAAAAUCGCCUCAAAAUGGAAGGCUGAAAUCCUUGGCGACAAAAAUAAGGACGUCACGGAAGCCAUGGCAAAUUGGUGCAUCGAAGAACUCAAGCACAAAGCCAUACUGUUCCAUAAUUCUCCUAACGGCGGUAUCCGCGUAUAUAACGGCGACGUCAUCAAGUCAGACACCGCUGUUCCGGAGUCAGUUCGACUUGCACUCGUCGAGGCGGUUAAGCCCUUGGAGGAUAUACCAGACCGCCUUAAGGAUUGGCACCCAGGAUCGGAGGAGAAAGUCUUAGAUUUGGUGCACCCCAGUUUAUUUCCAUUGGUUUACGGACGCUCGAAAAUUCUUGAGGCGGGGCAGACAACCACUUUGGAAGAUUGUAUUUCGAGGUGCGGGGAAGGCGAGGUGAUACCUCAGCCAAAGGAGUCGGAGACUCAAAUUGCGGAGGAUGCUGGCUACGACAACGACAUUAAGGUGAAAAAUCCUUACAGUCAAAAUUUCCAGUGGUUGCCAUGCCAGGUCGAUAUCAAGGAGGAAAAUGCGAGAAUUACGACGUAUAUCAACAACCUCCAUCCCGUGAGAGACCAAAAAUUGUACGGCAUCGUUGAACAAGUCAUCACCGCAGCAAUUCCCCUAUGGGAACUCACUCUGGCACCUCUCAUUCCUGACUUUUCCCAUACACCACGCAUCGAGUACACGGAUGUAGUUUACGACCCAGAUCCGGAGAACGGCCCCGAGACAGACGAGGAGAAUUUCCAAGCGCCGCCAGAGUCCGAACCUCUCAAUCUAAGAGAGAUGUACGCAAGCAGGGGGCUACAGAUCAUCGUCAAACUCGCGAACAUUGAGUUAACUCCAGAAAAGCCGAAAUACGAGGGUGGGACGUGGCAUGUGGAAGGCCAGCUGAACGAACAUAUCUGCGCCACAGCACUGUACUAUUAUUCCACGUCGAACAUCACGCCCUCCUCUCUUGCUUUCCGUCAGCAAACCUCAGACGAAUUUGCGGUAGAUAUUAACUACGAGCAAGACCACCACGAUUGGCUUCCUGUCGUCUUUGGCAUUGAACAGGAGGAAGCAGCUGUUCAAGACGUAGGAAGCGUCGAGACGCGCCAAGGACGCCUUCUUACCUUCCCUAAUAUCCUCCAGCACCAAGUACAACCAUUCGAGCUUGCGGACCCAACGAAACCCGGUCACAGAAAAAUUUUAGCACUUUUCCUCGUUGACCCAAACAUUCGCGUGAUUAGCACAGCCAAUGUCCCUGUCCAACGGAUGGAUUGGUGGAGAGAAGCAACGUUGAUCAAUCAGCAGCAGGCAGCGCCAUCUAGUGGCCUCCCCGUGGAACUUCAGGACCAUGUUUUUGGGAACGUCGAAGAUUUCCCAAUUACUUUGGAGGACGCGAAAGAGAUCAGGCUCGAGCUGAUGGAUGAGAGAAAGCACCUCAUGAUCAAGCAUGGGGAGGCUUUCGUUGCGUCUGAGUUUUCACUGUGCGAGCACUGAGUACUGAGUAUCCAGAAUCGCCUAUACGCAUCUUACAAAGCUAACUACCUUCAAUGCCUUGAAUCUCUGCUCUUUCGUCAACGUUGUAGUAAUUUUGUUCAUUCAAACCUCGUUUACGACGUCACCAGUGCAAUCAUUUGCGUG